AUGAUACUAAAAUUCUAUGUUAAAGAAAAAAUUGGUGAAAAAGAAUCUUCUGACUUUUGGCUUGAAACUAGUUAUUGCACUAAAGCACUUUUAGUUAAUAUAAUUAAUUACCAAGAACCUAAUAUUAACACUAAUAUAAAUAAUAAAAAGAUAUUUGAAAAAUAUAUCUUAAUAUUAGAAAACUUAACAAUAAUCACAACAAAUAAUAAUAUGAUUACAAGUACACAAUCAGUUAAUGUUCUAUGGUUAUUUUAA